AUCAGAGAGCAAAUAAACUUUUUUUUUCUAUUCUUUAUACCUCAUUCUAUAACUACCGUAUUUUUCAGAAUUAUAUUUUCAACAAUUCAACAUUUUAAUUGCGCAUUCCCUGCAAAACAUGCCAUAAAACAGAGCCGAGGUAGAAGACUUGCCGAGAAAUCGUGAGAUCCGUUGGCGAGUGUUACCAAACAGUCAGUCGGUUACGCGCUUCGCCGGUGGUAAGCAGUAGCCUUCCCUUCACUCUGUUAUCUGAUCUGUGGAUGUUAUGAGGAAGUUACCGCAGGCAAGCCGUUUGGCUGACUACCUCCACAAGGGCAUUGUGCUGACUUGUGUUGGCAUCACUCUGUUUGGCACCAUGAACUUGGGCAUGCGUGUGUACAACUACUACUCUGUGAUUAAGCCCCAGCGUGACCGGGAGGAGGAGAGGCUCAGUCUUGCCGAGAGGGAAGCCAGUGCUGUCGAGGUGGAGAUGACCGAUACUGCCUUGCCCCUCAAGGCUUAGGAAAUAUUCUUUAAACUUUAACUCAUUCUAUUGAGAAGUUUUUGUUGCUUUAUCAUUUUAUUACAUUAUCACAGAAACUGGAAGUUUGGUGUAUUUUUCCUAAAGUACAAGUGAUUCAUUAACUCACACUGUAAAAGAACAUUACAACCAUGCUGAGGUCAGUGUAUUGUGCUGCUCGUCUGGCUGCCAGCCGUGUGCCUGGCAGUGCUGGCCACCGCUGGUUGAGCCAGACUGCUAUGCUGAGUCAGGCACCCACUGAGAUUCCCCCAGCACUCUGGAAGCUUGGCAGGCUGAACCAUGUGGCCAUUGCCACUCCAGACUUGGAGAAGAGCACUGCCCUCUACAGGGACGUGCUGGGGGCUGAAGUGAGUGGAGUGGAGGCACUACCCGAGCAUGGAGUGUACACAGUGUUUGUGAAGCUGGACAACACAAAGCUGGAGCUGCUGCACCCACUUGGGGACAACAGCCCCAUCCAGAAUUUCCUGGACAAGAACAAGAAUGGAGGGAUGCACCAUAUUUGCAUUGAGGUGAACGACAUUCAGGCGGCCAUGAAGGACCUCACCGCACAGAACAUCCGGUGCCUGAGCAAGGAGCCCAAGAUAGGAGCACACGGCAAGCCAGUGGUGUUCCUGCAUCCCAAGGACUGUGCCGGUGUGCUAGUGGAGCUGGAGGAGGUGUGAGGUGGGUUGGUGGGUGUGUUCCCUCUCCUAGCACAGGAACAGAGUACAGAUACUGAAUUUUUGUUUUUCCAUGCUUAUUAUUAUCAACAAGUUAGAAGUUUGGAAAAAAUGUAGUGAUGAAAUAAGAUGUGAUUACUGCAAGUACUAAUACCUUAUGAUAUACUGUAUUGCUGUGGUGCACUGUAAUAUUUUUUAGUUUUGUUUGAAAUAGUAUUGAGAUUAAGAAUGCAUUCUUUGCAUUGAUUUGUGGUUGGAAAUAAAGAUGUUGCUGCAUAAUGCAAUAUAGGUAACAUUAAACAGUGGUAUAGUGAUCUUGUUUUCCAGUAGAUCAUAGUUAUGUUUUAAAGGUUUUUGAGGUGUCAAAUGUUCAUCAAAUAGCUGAAAGAACAUUGCUUUUUGAAAAUAUAUUGCUUUUCCAUGAGGACUAGAUGACAAGUAUAUUUAAUAUCUAAAACUGUUGAAGUGUUUAGUUCCAUUGAAUAACCCAAGGAACACUGCAUUAGAAGACACUUUAUUUAGGUGAUUGUUUUUCUUAUAACUUGAUUAUAAAAAAUGUCAUAGAUGUUAUUACCAUCUGACCAGUUCACAUUGUGUAAAUAAAUAGAUUAUACCGAU